AUGGACGAGAAAGACACCAGAGAUGAGACGCCAACCAACAGGUCAAGCGCCGACAUGGAAAAGACACCUUCCGAGGACGCUAAUACCGAAAAGACAUACCCACCAAAGAAAGUCGUCCUUCCAACAAUGCUAGCUCUCUUCCUCGUAUUCUUCCUCGUCGCACUGGACCGCACAAUUAUCGGCACAGCUAUUCCCACCAUCUCCGCCGAGUUCGACAGCUUCGGCGAUAUCGCCUGGUACGAAUCCGCCUUCCUCCUCCCCCUCUGCGUCUUCCAGCUCUCCUUCGGUCUCGUCUUCAAAUACUACUCCACCAAAUGGGUUCUUUUCAUCUUAACCGCCAUAUUCGAGAUCGGGUCUAUUGUUUGUGCAGCUGCACCGAACUCGAAUGCAUUAAUCGUUGGACGAGCCAUCACCGGCAUUGGAGGUGCGGGAAUUGGCUCUGGGGUGUUUAUCUACAUCACACUGCUGUUUCCUUUGGAGGAGAGACCGAAGUAUCUUGGUUCCCUUGGUUCUGCUUUUGGAAUCUCAUCGAUCCUGGGGCCGAUCCUUGGCGGUUAUCUUACCUCUGUUACAUGGCGUUGGUGCUUUUGGAUCAACGUUCCCAUCGGUGGGCUCUCACUUAUCCUUCUGUUCAUCUUGGCGCCAAACAGACCACCGCCCAGUGAACCGCCCCAGUCAUGGCGCCAAAGAUUCCUGGACCUUGAUCCAUUGGGUUUUCUCAUGGUUGCUGGAUCAAUUGUUUGCCUUCUCUUCGCACUCGAGUUUGGAAAAGAGGAGCAACAAUGGACAAGUGGACGCGUUAUCGCUCUCUUUGUCGUCUUUGGCGUUUCGUUCCUCGUCUUCGCUGGCUACCAAGCUUGGAGGAAAGAAAAGGCGACAGUGCCUCCACGAAUCCUCUUCCAACGAACCACAUUCUUUGCCUGCCUGAACGCCCUGGGUAUUGGUUCCGUACUGGUAAUCUACGCGUUUUACCUUCCUGUCUGGUUCCAGGUAGUCAAAGGAAAGUCACCUCAAGAUUCAGGAUUAGCUCUGAUACCACUUUUACUGAGCAAUGUGUUCUGCGUUAUUCUCGGCGGUGUUUUGGUCAGCAAGAUUGGAUACUACACCCCGUUUGCUAUCGCUGGAUGUGCUGUGUUUAUUGUUGGAUCGGCGCUGAUCAGUACCUGGACGGCGGAUGUUAGUAAGGCAAAGUGGAUUGGUUAUCAGAUCAUUACUGGAGCAGGCAUGGGUUUGACAUUGCAGCAGCCCGCCAUCGCCAUCCAGACUGCCCUCUCAGACAGCGAUAGCCCCAUUGGCCUAUCCAUCCUCAACUUUGUCAUGUUUCUUGGUGGAACAGUCUUUGUCACCGUGUCGCAGACUCUCCUCGAAGGACAACUUGAGAGCAAAAUUGCCAAGUAUGUUCCUGGGGUUGACGUUAAUACACUUGCGAACAGUGGAGCGAUUAAUCUUUGGAACCUGGUGCCUUCUGACAAGGUUGACUUGGUAUUGAAUGCUUACAACGAUUCGAUGAGAUCAAUCUGGUAUCUUGGCUUGGGCAUGGGCUGCUUCGCCCUUAUUACGUCUUUUGGGUUUGAGUGGAAGAACGUCAAGGCGAACAAGAAAACGACCGGGGCAGUUGCAGCUGCAUAA